AUGAAUCUCAUACAUACCAACAAUCUGCAUAAAUCAGAGCCGCAAGUACAUUUAGAUACUUUUUUGGAGUUAAAAUACCGGGGGAUCUAUACAAUAAGCAAUUUAUCUCGUUUGUUGGGAAUGUUUAAAAAACUCAAUGUGAUCGACCUUGCGACAGACGACGGCAAGAAAUUUUCUGUGUUAGAGCGAGAAGUCGUGGUGGUUGAAAAAUUAAUGAAAAUCAACCACUGUGGAUAUAAACGCAAUUUAAGAUUGCCAAUAAAAGAAGACAAAAUACUUACGAGAAAGGCAUAA